AUGUACAAUGCACUGAAUACAAGGGAGCAGAUGAAACAAGAUCUGGGAAGUAAGAGAAAGAAACUUAGCGCAGCAGUCGAUGAGAUGCACUCUGCCGCGACCGAGGUCACAGCAAAGGUGAAGGAUGAAAUAGCCGCAAAGAAGAAGUCAAUUCUUACCAAUGAAAUUGCCAAUCGUACGCCCGAAGAUGCACUCAAUAUCCUCGAAAAAGAGGCAGACAGCCAAGCAGCAUUCGAAAAUGCCGACGUACAAGCAGAGCUCGACCGCACUGUCUCGGCACUACAAGCCUUGAGCGAUAACUCUUCCAAAGAGAUGCAAGCAAUGCGUACAGAGCAUGAAGUCCUUCACGUCGAACACGAUGCACUGCGAAUCAAAUAUGAGACACUUUGUACUGACAAUGAGAGCCUCCGAACGCGUAAUGAAGGCCUACUCACCGAGUGA